CCUUUUGUUGUUUCUUUCUUUCUUUCGUUAUCCUCUAGAAAAUUUUUCCCAAGAAACUCUCAUUUCCAAUGAAAGUUCCGGUCUUAGCCCCUUCUCUAUAUAAAUCCUUUCCUCCUCCACUCUCUCUCACCAAUCCUUUCUUAUUUUCACACUCUUUUCCAUCAAUUGGCUCCCUUUCCAAGCAUCUUGAUUAUAAUCUUCCCAUGGCUGCUUGUGUUGACACUCCUAGACCGGACACCUCUCCACUUUCUCGCGAUACUAGCAGGUCUGAAAGUGAUGAUCAUGUUUACAAGUAUGUCAAUUGUUGUCGACCCUGUUUUUCCGAUCAUGUUUCUAGCUUACCCUUUAGCAAUAAUCAUAUGAAAACCGUACACACGCUUUCAGUUGUGGAAGAUCUUCACUAUGAAGACGAGAGUAAAGAAGAUCCAUGGCUCAAAAUGCAGGAGGAAGCCAUGUUAGAUGUUGAGCAAGAACCGGUUCUGUCCAGCUACUACUAUAACUCCAUUCUGUCUCAGAAGACACUAGAAAGGGCGUUGGCGAAUCAUCUGGCAAUUAAGUUAAGCAAUUUCACCCUUCCCAGUUGUACUCUGUUUGAUAUUUUUAUAGGGGCUCUUGAAGGGAAUCCAGACAUCAUUAGUGCGGUGAAGGAAGAUUUGAGAGCUGUGAAGGAAAGAGACCCAGCCUGCAUAAGCUACGUGCACUGUUUCCUGAAUUUUAAAGGGUUUCUGGCAUGCCAAGCCCAUAGAAUAGCACAUAAAUUAUGGGUACAAGGUAGAAAUAUUUUAGCUAUAUUGAUUCAAAACAGAGUAUCUGAGGCUUUUGCAGUUGAUAUUCAUCCAGGAGCAAGGAUUGGACAGGGGAUUUUACUUGAUCAUGCCACCGGAAUAGUUAUUGGAGAGACUGCUGUGAUUGGGAAUAACGUGUCAAUCUUGCAUAAUGUGACUUUAGGUGGUACGGGGAAGGCUUCUGGAGACAGGCAUCCAAAGAUUGGUGAUGGGGUUUUGAUUGGGGCUGGCACAUGCAUUUUGGGUAACAUUAGGGUUGGGGAUGGGGCCAAGAUUGGGGCUUGUUCAGUGGUGUUGAAGGACGUGCCACCCAGAACUACUGCUGUUGGCAACCCAGCUAGAUUAGUUGGAGGAAAGCAGAACCCAAUUAAGCUUAACAAGAUUCCUAGCUUUACCAUGGACCACACUUCACACAUAGCUGAGUGGUCUGAUUAUGUUAUAUAGAUGGGUUUUUACUAGUCAGAAAUUAUAAAUUUUUAGUAUUUUAGGUUUCGGAGUAUUUUCCUGCUAUUGUGAUUGAGAACUGAAGUUCUCUCACUAGCUAGCAGAACAGGAUCUGUUCUAAUCCUACUUAGUGAUAUCAUAAUCUUAACUAGUGAUAUCUUAUGUAUGGCCUUGAGCAAAUAAUGCCAGACCAAAUGUGUUGUUAAUUUUCUUCCAGUUCUGUUGUG